AUGACAGACGCUCGACCACUAGCAUUCGAGCUCCCUCCGUUGCGCGCCGUCUCCGUUGCGAUACCUCUCUUCAUCCUCGCCGUCCUCCUCCAGCCGAGCGUAUCAGCCCGCACCUCGCGCCGACUCCGACUCGCCCUCCUCGUCCCAACCGCAGUCCUCGGAUGGAUCUCCCCCUUCCGAUGGCGCAUCGAGCCCGUAGAGUUCGCCAUCACGGCAAACUUUAGGUGGGGCAUCUUCUCGCCCUACUUCUUGAUGCUCGCGGUGUGGUUUGGCGCGAUGGGCGAGACGGAGCGGAAGAACGAGAUGGCCUGGCUCGGGUUCGACGGCAAGGCGGAGAAGAAGGCGCUGGGCGUCGACGAGGGCUCUACGGGACACGGUACGGCGAUGAAGGAGAACGGGAACGCGGAACUUCGACCUCGAGCGAACGGGACUCUCGUCGCCCCGAAACCGCGGCCUGUCAGCCCUCUCGCUUCUCCAGCUCUCUCGCUCGUCUCAAACUCGUCGUUGAACGAUCAGCUGCCGACCCCGUCCCCUUCGCCGCCCGUUGGCCCCGUCCAGCCGCCCUCAGUCGUCGACGCACCCCCUUCCUCCGUUAACGUCCCGACUCUCACUUCGCGCAAGAACGCGACUCGCUCGUACUCGCAACGGCAUCACCCUCUUCGCAUCCUCCUCGACGCCGCACAUCUCCUCAGCGCCAUGCGCAUGAUCGGCUACGCCGGCGGACCUCGAGCGCGAGACCUCCCUCCCGCACCCAAGAACGACAAGACCUUCCUUCGUGAUCGCCUCGUCGCAUUCUACAAUGCUCACCUCGUCAGCAGCGCGUGUCUCGCCCUGCAAGUCCUCGACCGCGACGGCGUUCUCGCAUCGCACCUCUCCCACAUCCUCCCUCACGACGCAGCAGUCUUCGUCUCGGCCACCCUCGCACGACUAUGUAUCGGCGUCUCGCUCUGGGUACAAAUGAAGAUCGGCUUCAACGGUUUCGCCAUCCUCUUCUACCUCCUCCACCGUGGCACGAACGCCUUCCUCGACACGCUUCAAGCCGUCUUGCCACGUCGAUGGAGCGAGGACUUGACGUGGAGGAGCAGGUUCGACGUGAGGGAGUAUCCGGCGCUGUUUGAUAGCCCGUUCAGCAAGAUGGGCGAGGGAGGGGUGACCAAGUUCUGGAGUGCGAGGUGGCACUUCUUGUUCAGGGCAACAUUCACCUCCCUCGGCUACAAGCCCACCCUUGCCCUCUCGAAGCGACUGGGCCUGCCGAAACGUGUCACGCAGCUGCUCGGCGCUUUCGUCGUUUUUACGCUUUCAGCAUGGAUGCACUGGCAAGCCCUCGUCUCAGCGCGCUACAACCUCCACCCCUCACCCGCCGGCCUCGCCUUCGCUGCCGCACACUCAAUCCCCCUCACCUCCAUCUACCCACCGCCCUCCUCCUCGCUCUCCUUCCUCGACCGAAACGGCACCUUUGUCUUCUUCCUCCUUCAACCCGUCGCCGUCUUCCUCGAGAGUUUGUGGGUCGCUUUGACGCGCAAGAGGGUCAGAGGGUGGGCAGGGAAGCUUUGGACUGCAUUGUGGAUUGUGGUGCUGGGACAGGCGGUCGUAGGGAAGAGCUGGCUCGCCCUCGGCCUAGUGCACGGCCUCCCCCCUCUCCACCUCUGGUCCUGGCACCGCUUCGUACUCCCGACCUGCUCGCUCGCUCCCAUGCCCGCCUUCAUGCGAUAG